AUGCGUCUCUCUGCAGCACUGUACUCCCAAACCCCUUGGCUCGCAUGCUUGAAAUCAGCACAAUUGCAGCGCAUCGCGCGCGCAACGGGCAUCCAAUCGUCCGGAACGAAAGGUGUUCUCAUUGAGCGCAUUGCAGCAGAGUUGACGUUGCAUUCACAGUUGCAGUUGCAGUCUGCCGUGGAUGAUGUUGCAGAGGGUGUCACCAGUAAUCCCAAUCCCAGUACCACUGGUACCAGCAGCAUAAGCCCAGAUCGACAGGACGAUCGGCGAUCGGCAUUGACAAAAAGUCGCUCAAGCAAGACAAAAACAAAGUCAGCAGAUUUGUCACAAUCAAACCCCGCAAAACAAUGGAGCAUCCUCAGCAUCGAUAUGGGGAUUCAGAACCUUGCAUUUGCGCAUCUGCUCGUGCCCCGCUCUGAUUCCCAAACUGUCGGGAUAGAUGCAGCGCACCCCCGACCGCCGGUGUUAACAGCCUGGCAUCGACUCGCUAUUUCUGAGAUAUCAAAUUUGAACCUGACACCCGGGGAUAAUACCGGUAUAAUCAAAACUGAUGAAGCAAUAUCAGGAUCUGGUGACAAUGCAGAUUUAUCACAGGCAAUUCUCCCAAUAGGAACGGUGAAAGAUAUGCCCGCUAAGAGCGCCAAAUCUGCAAAAGAAGACAAUUUAUAUUGUCCAGAUAUUUACGCUGCAAAUGCGUACACCCUAAUCACAUCACUCAUAGCUGCUUACCGUCCUACGCACGUGCUCAUAGAGCGACAGCGCUUCCGCUCAGGCGGCGCAAGUGCCGUGCUCGAAUGGACGCUGCGCGUUGGAAUUAUGGAGGGCAUGUUGUAUGCCGUUCUCCAAACUCUACGACGAGAGAGGGGCGGGGAUGUUGCGGAUUUGAUUGUUCGAGGUAUUGAGCCGAAACGGGUAGUCAGGUAUUGGCUUGAGGGUGGAUCUGGGUCAUCAGUUCCUAAAGGGGAGGUGGGCGAAAGAUCGAAAGUCCCGGAAAAGAUGACGGAGAAGAAGCCCACUGCGCGAGAAGUGAAGAAAGCCAAGAUUGAUAUUGUUGGACGGUGGCUUUCUGCUGCGAUGCAGAAUACCAACGCUUGUCCGCACGCGGAUGGCGGUAUCAAGAAACUGGAGCUGGGUAUCGCUGCCGACAAUAAGAUUGUACUUGCGGAUAAAUCUGUGUCUCCCGCUCUGCAUGAUGUUGCGAGUGCGUAUAUGCAGAAAUGGCAGGGCAAGACGCAGACGAAAAAAUCGAAAGGGAAGAAGGGGUCUCCUCAGUCUAAUAUGAGGGAUGAUGUUGCUGCCGUUGAUCUGGGGAAACUCGACGAUCUGGCAGAUUGUUUGUUGCAGGGUGUGACGUGGAUUGAAUGGGAGAUUAUGCGUGAGCGGAUUGCGAAGGGGGGGAUUGAGGCGUUGGACUCGAGACCGUAG